AUGACACUGUCCGAGGAGCAGCUCGAUAUCAUCGCGAAGCAUGCGCUUGAUGACUCAAUUUCCCGUUUUACAGCAAAGCUGGGUCAUUUGAAAGAAUGCAACGAAACCUGGCGCACUGACAUCGCCCUCCUCUUGGGUCUUUUAGUCGCUACUCCUGCUGCAUAUAACCUUCCCUCUCGCGACAGGAGUAGUAAUGUGGCAGUGAAGCUUUUCCCCAUACAGCAAAAUGUUAGAGGAGAUUCACUCAGGUUCGAUCUUUUCCGCCCGCUUAUCAACGCCGUCGCCACGGACUCCCCCGACACCGACGUUUGGGCCGCGGUUAUCGACCUCAUUGACACUGUCAACCCAUCAACACCUCCGCCAUCGAGCAUCAUUCCGACAGGCCAUGGGACGCCAGUCAAAACAAGCUCCAGCAGGCUCGAGGACAGUGAAACGCGCGACAUCGUCGAGCGUGAGCUAUUCUACGAAAUAAAAGACUGCACCCACAGGGGAGUGCCCGGGUUUUUCGAGAAGCACUUCGAUACAGCAAACUGGACCAAAGCUCAGGCAAAAAUGCUAAAGUCGAUCCUGGCAAAUCACGACGGAACAAAAUGGAACGACUUCCCGGCCGACCCGUGGGAAGCAGCGGUAUGGAAAUGGUUGCAAGGGCUCGAGGAGAAAGCCUUGGCAGGGGCGCAAUAUACUCUGCAUACCAAUAAAAGUGCGACCGAGUUUAAAGAGCGCAGGGGCCAGAUGGACAUCUUCUUCCAGAAGCCGAAACGAACGAAGGGUCGAUUCGAAUAUAAACACGUCCUAGUUGCUGGGGAGCACAAGCGGUCGUUCGCCACCGCUGACUUCAAAGCAUGCAUGUUACAGCUCACACGACAUGUUCGAAGCAUCUUUGCCGACCAGCCGAUGCGCCGGUUUGUGCACGCGUUCACCAUCAAGGCUGCGACAAUGGAGCUGUGGAUUUACGAUCGCUCUGGCGCCUAUAGCUCGGGCGAGUUCAACAUUCAUCACGAACCGGAGAAGGUAGCGCGUGCUCUUGUUGCAUAUGCCACUAUGGACAAUGAUGCGAUGGGGUUGGAUAUGUCAGUCGAGUGGAAAAAUAGCCAUCGUUACAUUACAGUGGAAGAUGGCAACGGUGAUGACAAACGUGUGGAAUUGAACCGGCUGCUUGUCAGGCAACGGGCCGUGGUGUGCAGGGGAACAACCUGCUUCUCAACGAGGCAGGGCGUGGCUAAGUUUUCUUGGCGUUCAGAUAAGCGGCAACCGUGCGAAAUUAAGCAUCUGAAGCUCGCACAGGAGAAGGACGUGGAGGGCGUUGCUACAUUGGUAGGGCAUCGCGAGAUUACCAGUAUUGCUGCGCUGCGAGCGGGCCUGGACUUCUCCAGCAGCACACGGCAUGCCUUUCGAGCGACAGCCCGCGACCGAUCAACCGGGCAUAAUAGCCUGCAAGGCUCAGAAAGCAGCGGCUCCAGCCGAAAACGCAAAUCCUCGGACAAUGAUCCUCGUCCCACGACGCGGCGAUCCGACAGUCGAAAGUCUACACUCAGGCAAACCUACGAUCAUUCUAGCGAAGCAAACGACGAAGCGAGCGACGAAGCGAAGCCGAGCGUAUACACGCCAAACCGAGAGGGCCCGUAUGAGAAUCGCAUUUUGUCUUGCAUUGUCAUUUCCCCUGCCGGACGAGUCAUAAGCGACUUCAGCACCAUUCGAGAGCUCCUCGAGGCACUCCGUGACGCCAUCCGAGCGCAUCGAUCCUUGUACUUGAAGGGCAGGAUACUACAUCGCGACAUUUCGUCGAACAACAUUAUCAUAACAAGUUCCGAGAAGACUGAUGGCUUCAAGGGAAUGCUCAUCGACCUUGAUCUUGCCAAGGAACGCGACAGCGGGCCAAGCGGCGCACGCCAUCAGACAGGUACGGUGCAAUUCAUGGCGAUUGAGGUUCUUCGCGGCGUAGACCACACCUAUCGCCAUGACCUAGAAUCGUUUUUCUACGUUCUCAUAUGGAUGUGCGCACGCUGCGCCUGGGACGAAGUGAAACGUUUCCGCAAAGAGGGCGAGACGGCGCCUGAAGAAAGCAUUCUACGGAAAUGGGAAAUAGGUAGCUUCAAGGAUAUUGCCGACGCAAAGGAAGGGCAUAUGACGGUAAACAGCCUUGAGCGUAUCAUGAACGAGUUCCCGGAGUCAUUUGAAAUGGUCAAACCGUUAUGUUUGCGAAUUAGGAAACUUCUCUUCCCACUUGAUAAGGAAGAGAGAAUGAUGAUCGGAACACCUACUGGAGGUCCGGAACGGCUCUAUGACGGUAUUAUUGCCGCCUUUGGCGAGGCUAUUGAUCGAUGCUAA